AUGUACGACCGCCCCUGUGCCAGCACGCGUGGACAGUGCGAAUUGGUGGGGGGCACAGGCUACGUGGAACUGGGUGGCAAAAACUUGGGCGAUGCAACGCCAGAUGGGCCGGGGGCGGCACCCUUUCUGGAGCGUCGCAGAGCUGUGAGCAAUUUGUGGGCGGGGAGCUGUAAGGGCUGUUCAGGCACAAAUUGGUCAAUGUUGGCUUGCAAGGGUGUGUACGGCUCUGUUGGUCUGCGCGUUGGGUCUCGUAGUUGUGCCAACGUGGCCGCAGUGCCUGGUGCCAAGGGGCUGGCUGUGAGUGCCUGCCGGGCCGCAGGAUCGAGGGGCGUGUAA